AUGGAGGGGUCCAAUACAUCGUUGGAUAGCGCACGACGUCUGCGUGAACCACCACGUGCCAUGAAAAUUGCCAUUGAGAAAUAUCACCGACAGGCUUCAUUUUGUCCAAAUCGAAACUGUGCAUCAUCCGGGAAAUUUCCGCCGCUCUCAAGUAAUGAAGCAGCUGCUCGGGCAAUCAUUUGCUUGCGCGAUAAGGCAUUGAUCUGUGAAGAUCUUCCUCCUGGUGUAGAUGUGUUACCUUCAACAACAGAAACAUUAAAUGAGGAAACUGUAAGGAGUUUGCUGGAGAAGUGUCGUAGCGAGAGCAAAUGGCUGCCCAUGAUUGAUUAUCUUGAUCGAGUGCUAAGCAAUCGAAACGCUUUACUCAAUUCGUUUCGCAGUAAAGAUUUCACGGAUAUCCAACAUAGCGCCGCAGCUGUUAAUGCUGGACCAAAGGAAGUAACUGCAGAGCAGCAGCAGCAGCAACAGCAGUUAAUUCCUCAACGAAAACGAAGGGCCCAAGAAGAUGAUGUGAUUGGUGAUGGUUCAGAAGGAGGACGAGUGGACAGUGAUGCUUCGGCUGCUAGUAAAGACAACGACCCAGACAAGCCAGCUAACAAGGCCGCAGCUGUUAAUGCUGGACCAAAGGAAGUAACUGCAGAGCAGCAGCAGCAACAGCAGCAGUUAAUUCCUCAACGAAAACGAAGGGCCCAAGAAGAUGAUGUGAUUGGUGAUGGUUCAGAAGGAGGACGAGUGGACAGUGAUGCUUCGGCUGCUAGUAAAGACAACGGAAAAGAGAUAGGCAGUGGAAUAGACCGGAAAUACAGCCGCGGUACUCUUUCAGACAGUGGCCCAGCACUGGCCCGUACGCAAUCUUCACAUUCUGACAUAUCUACAGAUGUGUUACAUUGUCAGACCCAGACAAGCCAGCUAACAAGAUCGGCAUCACAAUCAGGCAGCAUGCAGUUGGCAGAUACUCCGUCGCUCACAGAUAUUUUUGACUUGGAAUGUACUGAAGUGAGCGAUGGAGAAGAUGCGCCUCUUGAAUUCGAUAAGCAAUUAACCGUGCGUGAAAUUAUGGACAAAUUACAAAGCGGACAGUAA